CUGAACUUGAGAGGAAAAUGGCAGUGUUUUGUAGAUCAGCCGCUUCAAUUCUGAAACCAGUCAACUUAUUGCCGUCUGCACUUGCAGCUGUUCGGCAAUGCAGCUCAGGUGGACAGUUCCAGUAUAUACUGGUUGACAAAAAAGGUGAAAAGAAAAAUGUUGGUUUCAUACAGUUAAACAGGCCCAAGGCCUUGAAUGCUCUCUGCGAUGGCCUAAUGCUUGAAGUGGGUAAGGCCUUGGACACCUUUGAACAGGACACUGAGGUUGGUGCAAUAGUCAUCACAGGCAGUGAAAGAGCUUUUGCAGCGGGUGCUGACAUCAAAGAGAUGCAGAACAGAACUUUUCAGGAGUGCUUCGGUGGCAACUUUUUGGCACACUGGAACAAAGUAUCAACAGUUAAUAAGCCAGUUAUAGCUGCUGUAAAUGGAUUUGCUCUUGGAGGAGGUUGCGAGUUGGCCAUGAUGUGUGACAUAAUCUAUGCUGGAGAAAAAGCACAGUUUGGACAGCCUGAAAUCUUAUUAGGAACCAUUCCAGGUUCUGGUGGUACUCAGAGGCUCACUCGGGCGGUGGGAAAGUCUUUGGCCAUGGAGAUGGUCCUUACAGGAGACCGGAUCUCAGCACAGGAGGCCAAACAAUCUGGUCUUGUAAGCAAAGUGUUUCCUGUGGACCAGCUGGUAUCUGAAGCAGUCCGAUGUGGGGAGAAGAUUGCAAGUAAUUCUAAGCUGGUGUCAGCCAUGGCAAAGGAAGCUGUCAAUGCAGCGUUUGAACUGACCCUGAAUGAAGGUACACGGUUUGAGAAGAGAUUAUUCCAUGCUACCUUUGCUACAGAGGACAGAAAAGAGGGCAUGAGUGCAUUUGUUGAGAAGAGGAAAGCUGAUUUCCAGGACAAGUAAAGGAUCAGAUCAGUGCUGUUACUGAAAGACUGUGCUAUAGGUAUCAAACCUACAGAACAUCUGUGGUUUGAAAGAAGCACCAGAAACUGAAAUCAAUAGUAUAAUACUCUGACAUUUGCCUUUCUCUCCAGCAAAACAUUUGAUAAUUUGAGCUAAGCUGUUUGGUUACUGUUAUUGAAUAAACUAUCAGAUGACAUUACAGAUCCUCAA